AUGUUGGGUACUCGAAAGCCCUUGCGCCUAAGGUCUGCCUGCACGGAGUGCUACGCCGCUAAGGUCCGCUGCAGCGGUGAGAAUUAUGGCUGUGAGCGCUGUCGCCGGAACGGCCUCUCCUGCGAAUACCAGGUGUCGAUGGUAGGCCGGGCGCCGAAAAAACGACGGACGCAAGCGAGUGACCAGAUUCCCUGUCCGCAAGAAUCGCGAGUUCCGCCCACCGCGACUUUACGACAAUCAGGUCCGGAAAGCGGGCCUUCCCAGCAACCGCUGGUCAGCGUGUCCAUGCUAGGGGAUUCUCCUCCAGCAGCUAAUAAUACAAUGGGUGAUGGUCCCGUCUUCACGAACGGGGAGUUUACCGCGCCCUCUGCCGAGACGGAGAUCAACGGUUAUCUGCAGAACCUGUUAAGCGAUUACCAGGAUCUACCGCUAGCUUCGCCCGGUGCGACCGAUUCUUUUUGGCUGGCAACAGAGAACUUGUUGCCCGAUUCGCGUCCAGACAUACAUGGGAUGUUCAGUUCCGAGGGCAUAUCCGUGGCGCUGGGCAUGUCCGAUAAGCCCACGCGAGGGUUCCCCGUCCAAGACCAGAACGCGGAAUCGGUGCGGUCCCGAUUAGUAGAACGGAUCGACGAGAGAGUCCCCCCGAUCUAUCGCGAUCGGUCGGUAGUGUCGAAUUACCCGCAUGUCGCCGCUCUGAUGAAGAUCAUCGGGUGCUUGGAAGAGCAGCUCCAGAUCCCCCAGGUCCCGAUCGAUCAAGCGAUGCGGCUGAACCGGCAGGCCAUAGCCACAAUACGAGAGGUGAGCAACACCGAAGAAUUUCGACGCUGCCAGAGUUGUCCGCUCUUGGUGGCCACCACCAUGGAUCUGGUCGUGGGGCUUUAUGAACUCGUGAUCCUCCCCACCAAAUGCCAUACGGGCGAAGGCGACGUCAUGCCCUCGACCGAUCAGAAUAAUCUGCCCUGGCAACAAAGUCCCUUUGAGCAGCCGGCUAGGCCGGGUGAGAUACCGAGUGAUGGGUCGAGUCCCGAAUCCGGCAUCAGCGGCGGUUCAGAGCCUCCGCUUUUCCAGUUUGGAUGUCUUGAGUUCGAUACGGAUGAACAAGAGAUCUUCCGAGCGGCGAUGGUGCGGCGUGAUUUGCGUCGGUACAUCGAAACAAUCCAGUACUGUAGUCAAGAGAUUCCGCAACGACAGAGACAGGCCGCGAAUAGGCGCGGUGGGCCUUUCAGUGGAGCGUCUCAACCAAGAAGAUCAUCGAAUAAUGCACACACCCAGUGGUACCAAGAAAUGGGAUACCGGGCUAAGGAGCUUGUGGCCGCUCUUCCCGCACAAUGCAGCCAUCGAUGA